AUGGAGACACCCGACACCGUGCUGCCUGAUCCAGACGUCGAGGACGGGAUCAAGUAUUGGACGGCGCAGCCCGCCAACUACGACGGCGUCCUCGGCGGCUUUGGCACCGGCUCGCUCCCCCGCGUCGACGCCCUCGGCUCCCGCCAGCUCCUCAUGCACCUCCUCCCCGAGCUCUGCACCGUGCCCUCCGCCGUGCGCCGCCUCGACGCGUCCCCCGCGUCCGCCCUCGCGCCCCGCCCCCGCGCGCUCGACGUCGGCGCGGGCGUCGGGCGCGUCACCUCCGACGUCCUCCUCCACCUCUUCGCCGACGUCGUCCUCGUCGAGCCCGUCGCGCCCUUCGUCCAGGAGGCCCUCCGCCGCGGCCGCGCCAGCUCCGGAGCCGACGGGGCGCACGCGGACACGGGCGCGGACGCGGAGCGCGCGCCGUGGAAGGGCAUCCGCGAGCGCACCAAGAGCGUCACCUUCGUCCAGGCGACCCUCCAGGACUUCGACCCCGCCGCGCCCGUCGCGACCGCCGCGGGGGUGACGGUGCUCGGGCGCGUGGGGCGCGUGCCCGCGCCGGACGAGCCGGCGGAGGAGAAGUUCGACGUGGUGAUGUGCCAGUGGUGUCUGGGCGCGCUGAGCGACCCGGACCUGGUCGCGUUCCUCCGCAAGGCGCGGGCGGCGUUGCGCGACCCCGCCCGGGGGCUCGUCGUGGUAAAGGAGAACUUGUGCUCGGAAGAUGGGGGCCCGCGAAGCGUCUUCGACGAGAGCGAUUCCAGCCUGACGAGAUCCGAUCUGGCUUGGAAGGAGUGCUUCGCCGCGGCAGGAUUGAAGAUGGUGUACGAACAGAUUCAGCUUGGCUUUCCAGAGGGAUUGUAUCCCGUCAAAAUGUAUGCUCUGAGGUGA